AUGCCUACCUACGCAGAUGUACUAGCGGCCCAUCGAGACGGGACUGAAACAGCUGCAUCGACUUCGUCGGCGAGCGCGACGCACGAUGAACCGGACGGUGCCAGACAGGGUACCGCGAAGAGGAAGAGGGCUAAGAAGAACCGCUUCAUAACCGCGACUGAGGGCACUCUCUGGCCAUGGAACGACUCAUUAGGCAUGGCAGCGUACGAGAGCAAGGAGCAACGACUACAUGAUGAGAUCGUCGCCUAUGUAUCCUAUAUCAUUCCGACAGAUCAGGAGAGGCGAGCACGCGAAAAGAUCGUCACACGUGUCAGAGACGUUGUUAGGAAGCGGUUCCCCAAAGCCAACUUGGCUAUGUUUGGCAGUACAGCGCAGAAUCUCAAUCUACCAGAUAGCGAUAUUGACCUUGCGAUGACCGUACCUGGAGAACUUGACUUCGAGGCCAGGAAGAGAGUGCUCUUCCAACUCUCGGCGGCGCUCAAUAACUCACUUUUAACGCGCGAUUCUUUCGUGAGACAUCGAGCACGCGUACCGAUCAUUUCAUUGACGACCGUUCCGGAACUUGGAUCGUUCAAGGUGGACAUCAGUGUAAACUCCACUGACGGUGUAAAGGCAGUCCCCAUAAUAAAGGACUACAUUGACAAGAUGCCUGCUCUCCGAUACCUCGUUAUGGUACUGAAAGGGUAUAUGUCUCGACUACGCUUGAACAACGCAUCAGAAGGAGGACUAAGCGGUUACUCGAUCAUCUGCUUAGCGAUCAGUUUUCUGCAGCUCAAUCCGAAGAAGAUACAUCUCGAUGAGAUUGAGAAGCCGCUCGAGAGGGAAUCUCUUGGACGGCUUGUACUCGCCUUUCUCGAUUACUACGGCAACGAGUUCGAUUAUGAAGACUCUUGCAUAUCUAUAACGAAUGGAGGACUUGUCAGCAAGGAGGACAGGGGAUGGCAGAUGCCAUCGCUUCCGGAACAUCUGUCUAUCGAGUGUCUGGUAAACCCAGACCACGACAUCGGACGGCCGACGGGCAAGAUCAAACAAGUGCGGACUGCAUUUCGCGAGGCGCAUUAUGUGUUGCACAGCUAUCCGUUCGCAAUAACGCACAGCAACAUCCUCGGCACCAUACUGGGUAUAUCUCCUGAGGUGCGUGUUGUACUGACCCUCCCCGAUUUCGGCAGAACCUAG